UCUCCUACGUCCCUCCCUCCCUCCCCGAGCCCCCGAGAGCCCCCUCCUCAAGCCCCUUCCCCCUCUCGCCUCUUCUUCCUCUCUCGGUGCCCCUUUCUCUCUGAGUCCUUGAGAGAGCUGUCGCUGGCAGCUGCGAGCAAGCAAGCAAGCGAGCGAAGCAGUCAGAACUGAACUUCAGCUCCUCAUCAUCCGCGCGAGAGGCAUUCUGCAUCUCUCUCUCUCUGCUGCUUCCUUUGCUGCUCCGGCCAGCAGUCUCGAGGUUCCUCUUCGACCGACUCACCACCACAUUCUUCGAAGAAGUCAAUUCCCCGCCCGCUCUCACAUUCGUCAUCCGCCUCGUUCUAUCCUCUUUCGUCCCUUCGCCCUCUCUCCCUCUCUCCCUCUCCGGGCCCCGUGCUUGUUUCGGAGCGAGCUCGAUCUUGGCGUGGCGAUCUUCACCCCAUCGACGCACUUGCUGCGGAGUCCAUCGUUGCGCGGAGUUUCGUCGUCGGGAUUGGGACGAUUGCUCCGACGCUCGGUCGAGAGGCUGGAAGCCAGGCACGCAGGCAAGCAGGCACAAGCAAGCAAGCAAGGAAGGAAAGAAGGAAGCAAGGAAGGCAAGCAGGCAGGAAGGAGGGAGGGAAGUGGAAGGAAGUCGACGAGCAGCGCACUUCAUCGAGCCAUCAUCCGUCCAGUUUUGUGAGAAGGGUGUAUUAGUCUUCGGAGGUGUUGCGGUCGGAAGAAGAUCGAGCGAUUCAUAGUUUUGGUUCGGAGGAGCUUUGUGGCAGAUAGAUUUUUUGGCUUUCGGUGUUACAGCGCGUGUGACCGAUCCCGAGCGUGUGUUUUGUCCUGCCGAGCGAUUUUUAGAGGAGCACUCGGUCGAGAGUGAGCCUGGUUCAUCGUCCUACUACAGUAAGAGCUUUCCGAAGAAGCAGAAGAAGCAGAAGAAGGAGAAGGAGAAGAAGAAGUAUUCCAGUGUGACGGUUUCGUCGUCAGAGUGUGCGGAGCGAGUGGGUGGGUGCAGUACGUGACGGCCUCACUGCUUCUGUGUGGAGUGGCGUGAGGUGUGGUUCAGAGUCUAGAAUUGGUGGAGUGUUGCUCGGUGUCGUAGUGCGGAAGGUGAGAGAAGCCCGAUGCGGGAGCAGCUUUGACACCACAACUUCACACAGUGCAUUUGGAACUUUUCUGAAGGAGACAUUUCGUGAGAGAGGAUAGCGAGGAGAGAGAUUAGCGAGCGAGUGAGAAGAGAGUGAGUCGGAGAUUAUCGAAUACACAACACACUUAAGAAAUUCUUGGGAGUAGCAUUAGUUCGUUGUUGCACAUUCAGGAUCUCAGCAGAGGAAUGGGCCAGGUUUCCUAACAUAAGGUCCAGCGAAUCGAGACGAAUCGAGUCGAGCGUAGCAUCGCAGUUGCAGUCGGAGGCCAGUGCCAUUGCCAGUGCCAUUGCCAGUGCCGGUGCCGGACACGAGGUCGCAGGCCUCGUACCUCGACGGGACGCGAGAGGGCUCUCACCAUAGCGCAGUAGGAGUGGAGUGCUCGGGCCGGUGACAGAGAUAUGCCUGGAAAGCGCCCUCGUCACACCAUGAGGAGAAUUGCCAGCGUUUCCAACAUCAAGUCCGGAUCCAUGACGACCGGCGACUGCUCGCCGCUCCCCGAGCAGCCCAAGGAGAAGCAAAAAUCGGCCAACAUCGGCAGCGCCAUCGCCUGCCCCGCGCCCACGGCCAGCCCGCCGCGGCAGGUGAUCGGAUUCCACCCCAAGGUGUUCAUCCAAGAGGAGCACCAUCUGACGCUGCCUCCGACCUCGCCCCGCCCGCAGCAAGUCAAGUCGCCCACCGGAUCCACGGGAUCGCCGCGCUCCGGCCUCGGCGACCUGCUGGCCAGCUCGCGCCCCUGGGAGCGGCGCGACGCCGAGGGCGUGGGGCUCGGCAUCGUCGCAGCGCUGGGCUCUGCGGCCCAAGAAGACUGCGGGGCUAACGCUGCCCCCGCCGCCGCCAACAAUCUGAACCUCACCCCGGCCUCCAUCAGCAAGGGGCGAGCCGACUUCCCCCCGGUGCCUGCCUACUCGAGGAAGGUGUCGCCGCAGCAUCUGCCGUCGUUUGCCCCCGUCGUCAAGACCAGCCCCCCCAUCCCCAUCCACUCGCCCGGGGCCAAUUCGCCUGCGUCUCAUCAUUGCCCUUCGUCGCACCGGUACUCGCAAAAUUGCGCCCCGCAAUUCGGAUUGUCGUCCGCGAUGCAAGAAUCCAUGAUGCAGGACAUCAUCAGCACUAGCAGCAGCACCAGCAGCCACGCGCACUCUCAAGCCCAAGCCCAAGCCCACGCCCUGGCCCACGGGCUCAGAGGCGUCGGGCCCUCGGCGCGGGUCAGCCACGGCGCUCCCGUGGCCAUGCUCGCCGCGUGGUCGCAGCAAGCGGACAUGGACGUCGAGGCCGUGACUCCCGUAGCCCCUGCGCCCCUUGUCCCAAGGCAGCGGCACCAUCACCAUCACCACCACCAGCAGCAGCUUCAGCUUCAGCUUCAGCCCCAGCCCCAGCCCCGGCAGCCCUCGUUCCUCCCGACGCUGUCGGCCGGUUUGAACUUCUUGGACGCGUGCUUCUGCUGCAAGCGUCGCCUGGGCGAAGGCCGCGAUAUCUACAUCUACAUGGGUGACAGAGCCUUCUGCAGUCCCGAAUGCCGCCACCAGCAGAUCGUCAUGGACGAGCAGCAGCCCGAGGGGUGCUCGCAGGCGGCCAUGAGAAUCGGAGGGGCCGAUGCGUCGCGACACAGCAGCCAGCGGAACAGAGUGGUGGGCGCGGGCACGGCGGCCGCAGCUUGAUCGGGGCCGCCGCGCGGUCGAUCGAGUGAUCGAUCCAAGCAAGCGAGAAAGCGAGAAAGCAAGCGAGCGAGCGAGAGAGCGAGUGAGCCAGCGAUGAGCGAGCGCGUCGACGGAAUCGGCGGUCUCCGGGUCUCAGGAGGCAUGAGGAAGGGCCGUUUUGCAGGGAAUCAUGAAUUUUGUGUGUAAUAUGUAUUGUACAAAUGGGAAGACAGGGUGUAGCGAACGGAUGCCGGGUGACGGGAACUGGUACCUGAUACAUGGUUGUUGCCGAGAGGGCUUUUUGGGGAUUCAGAAUGGAAUUGCGAUCGUAUGACGACGACGGUGGAUGCACGACCGGCCGCUGCAAGUGACGUUUUUUGAUGUACAAAGUGGGGAAGGAGCAGGAGAUCGACCAGACGGAUUGAAGCGCACGCUUCACGACGACCUUACAUCUCUCAAAAACACCCAAAAAAACCAUAAAGGUUCCGCGGGGGGAACCGUAGAAGUGUAAUAUGGCAGGCGCUGUAGAGGCUAAAGAAGCCCGUAGCCGGAAAUUUUCUCGAUCAUCGCAAUCACCUCUGGGGCGCGCCAGCGUGUGAGCGGAGGCGGAUGUACAGAAGAAGGUAAUCAGCCAUGUAGAAUGCGAGCGAGCACUCAAGGAGCAAUAACCUCGUGGCCUCUCCCGACGGCCGCGAGUCGGGUCGCUGUUUCUUGCAAUUUUCCAGCUCCUAGUAUAGAGCUCGAUGGGUUCUGAGAGAAUAAUGAGUACUGCAACAACCACCUGAGCAUUCCUGAGGUAUCGAUACAACAUGAAUCCGGCUGCCCCCCGCGCCGCCUUUAGAUGGCGCGCGGGCCUGCAGCCCGGAGCGGACUAGUCAGUUUCUUCACUCUUUAAAUCAACUGCAGCCGGAGAGCGGCAGAUAUAUAGGAAUUUUCUUCGGUGUCCAGGUUACCUUUGUGGGGAUAAUCUCAGCAUCGGCGGCUGCUUUUCAUGGCUCGUGGACGGACCCUUUUAAAGAAGAAAGCAGGCUAUAGGGAUAGGACCAAGAUCACAGCAGUUGCUGCUGGCCAGCGCUGCUGGCCCAGCUGCAGCAGGAGAGAUGACUACUUGCAUUCUCAACGAGAGAAUCAAGAGAUAGAGAGAGCGAGCGAGAGAGCGAGAGUGAGUGAGCGAGAGAGAGAGAGAGAGCGCGCGCGCGAUCAGGGACUUGCUCUUUAUAUGGAAGGCCUUGAACAUUGUUUAUCAAUCAUUGUACUAAUAAUAACGAAGCCAUGUCAAUGGCUGGAAUUCGU